AUGUUGCGAGCCGCGACAUGGAUCGCCGGCAGCGUGGCAAUGGUGUCGGCCGCGACGCUUCAAGCAUGUCCCGUCGAUGAGACCGCGAUCGAUGAAGUCGUCGUGGCAGGUCGGGAGCAAGAGUUGUGCGUCACAAACAGCUUGAACGAGUCGCACAGGAUCUUGCCGACCCGCGACUCUGUGUGGGACUUUUCUGGCCAACAUAUCCACGACGUCUUCGAACUCCCAUGCACUGGCGACGUCGUAGACUUGUCCGCCAACAUGAUCGAAGCGCUGCCUGCAUCCAACGCCACGAUUCGCCACCUGAACUUGAGCCAGAACGCCAUCAAGUCGACGAGCGCCUUAGCCAUGCCAGACUCGGUCGUCGUUCUGGACUUGAGCUACAACUUCUUAGCUGGAUGGUCUUGGCAGACACCACACCAGUACCUCACGGCCUUGUAUUUGCGCGGGAAUAAUCUCCAGCAGAUGGACCUCAACACGAAGACUCUACCGCCACGACUUUCCUACUUAGACCUCACCGACAACCCGCUCUUGGCCCUCACUAUGGACAACUCGACUCUGGAGCUCGUGACCCAAGCAAAAUUAACCCUGCGCCUCCCUGUUGGCAACGCCACCCGUCGCACCAUCGAGUGCGCCCAUGGCUCCCGUCCGACUCUCGUAUACAACGCGGUUGUGUGUGUUUUCGAUCGAUUGGACUCGACCCUUCCUGGCUACAACGUUCCCAGGACGACAAAUUACUCGACGCCGCUGUACAUGCUCCUUGCCUUAUGCGGCGUUUUCUUUGCGUUGGUGGCGAUCCGAUUCUCCCAUUGCUCGGCGUACGAUGACUUGCCCCUCGCGCCGCAACGGCUAGCAUCGCCGACCACGAAUUCGAUCGUGACGUAA